GCGGCUUUCUUUAUGCAUGCUGCUGCUUGAGACGACUGUCACCGCACAGAACAAACGUUAAAAAGCCGCUUCCUGGGUGGUUAGUGUGUUUGCGGUUCCCCGGUUUGUCGGGGGAAGAGGGUCGGUUUCGCUUUCAGUUCUCAGCCCGGCAGCGUUUCAGGCACCAGAGAGGUUCCCCGCGUGCGUAUAUCAAUGAAAAUAGUAAUUUUGAAUUGCGCUUGCAUUCAGAAAGUCUGCUUAACAUAAUGAAGUAAAGCUUGCUACUAAAGGGACUUUGCUAGUUCACUUGUGUGGAAUAAACUGUUUACAGGGCAGAUAGAAAGGAGGAUUGGGGGAAUGGCUUUACAGUAUUGUGAAAACAAGGCUUUUUAAAUUCUGUUUAGUGUUAGCACACUCUUUUCUUCCAGUCCAAGACAAUUCUGCCAUUAGUAUUUACAUUAUGGAAGCCAGAAAGUGAGUCUGACAAUGUGAAGCCGAUUGUGAUAGUGUGAAGCUGCCUCUCGUAGACCCGUGAGCUCUGUGCAGCGGCUUCAGGGAGUCUCCACUGACGUGAAGCAGUCUGCAGGAUUAAAGUUUAGUUUAUUUCAAUAGUUCACAAUGAGCCAACUGAAGGUGAUAAAGACAGAACGUAAGUGUUGCAAAGGAAAUUAUAUUUAAAGAACAGUUUAGCUAGUAAGCUCAGCUUUGUGAUGCUGAUUUAGUUAACCAAAAAAGACGUUAUUUAGCUUUUGUCCAGUGGACAUGUGUUCUGUAUCCAGUGCGUUUGUGCUUCCAUAGGAGUCCUGUUAACUUCUGUGCAUCUUACCGUAUUUUUAACAUGCGUUGCUCGUUACAUCUUUUGUCAUUAUUUUAGAUUAUUUUUUUCCUCUCUAAUUUUCUUACCGCCCUUUAUCCUCCGGCAGUAUUUGCAUUUGUCUAUUUCAGUCACAUUUGACAGCUGAGCUGGGAUCUCGGAGAUCUCAGUUACAAGUUCUCUGAAAAUCAGUGGCUGCAGAAAGGAUAGGGGACAUUUAAAUUAGCAUCCCCAGUGAGGGAUAGGCAUAUUAUAUUAUUAUAUUAUGUUUUCACACCUUCGUCAGGUCAAGAGACAUCAGCCAAAUGGUCUAUCCAUAAUAGCUAUUGCUGGUUAUUACUAGCAAUGUCAUGUGCUGAUACUGUUAUGCAUGUUUUGUUUUGCUGUGGCUUAUCUGACAUAAGGCAAGGAUGCUAUUCCACUUCAGAGGCACAGUCCCUUGGGAAGGGUCGUAUGAACGGUAAGCCAGUGGCAGCAUAAUGCUCUGUGAGUUGUGAGCCAUCGUAUCUGUUGGGAUUACAAUCUCGGAACCCUUUCAUUAGGGGCCUAUUUGUUGAAAAAUCCACAAGCCCCAUCGCUUCAAUGUAGUUACUGUAUAAAAUAAUGUUUUUAGUAUUAAUAAAUAUUGCAUUUCCAGACUCAGAUACUGUGUGGUUUUUUAUCACUGCUUGAGAUUUGCAGUAAGGAUCUAACUAGAGGUCUGGAAGCCCAGGCUUCUCAGUUACUAUCCAGUCAUUGUGCAAAGACUGAAGAGAAUUCAGUAAGCGUUUUAACUUGGAUACGAUCGUUGCUUAGACAUAGCUUUAUGCUUUGCCAGUGCACAACUGGAAAACUAGCCAAAAAGCAGCAGGGAAAGGAAAGCCUUAUGAAGGUCAGUUCACGUGGACUGGCUCUGUGGUGUUCCUUGGCAGGUGGUGUACAAAGCGGUAUUGGGGCUCUAGUUUAGGCUACUCAACCAUAGUUCUUUGUAGCAUGUGGAGAGAAAUUGGUACUACUAGAGGAUACUUCCCACUGUUUAAAUGCGAGAGACGUGUUAUUUCUUUUUCACACAUGAUGUAUACAAUUGACAAAUGGUAUUUUGACAUCAUAUUUCCUAGGGUUUUUUGUUUGUUUGUUUAUUUGUUGCCGUAUCAGUAGUAACGGAACUAAUAGGCUUAGAAAACUGGAAAAGGGGAAUCUUUACACUCCUGGUACCUUCAGUUGACAGUAUAGUAUGUUUGGCAGCUCUGUUUCCAUCAACAGAAUUGUGCCUCUGCGUCUAUGUCAAUUAUGAAGUUCAAGUAACGUCCCAUUACUUCUAAAACUGUGAUUUGGCUUUGCCAAACAAGGCAAGAUAGAGGCAAGGGUUUAAGGUUCCAACAGAAAAAUGUUGAAGUGUACCUGAAAUACAGUACACACAAGACAAAAAGUCACUAGGUGUGGAUAUUGUUGUCCUUGCAGUAUUGGAGAAGGAGGAAAGCAAGAAUCAACCCCUAACUGCAGGGGAAUUCGACUUUAUUUCAAGUGUGUGAUUAAUUUAUACAGCAUAGGCCGCAUUUGUUCCUUCUAACAGACCUGAUGUAAAGCAUAUGAAAUAUUAGCAGCAAUUAGAUUAAUUGAGUGAACAAGCACUUUCUUGCUUUAUGUCUAGCAUUCUGUUGUUCGUGCAGUGUCAGGACAAAUGAUCUGAUAGUCUGAUAUAUCUGUUAUUCCUAGAGAGAGCUUCAGGACUGCUGUCCUGAAAUACAUUUUGUCUUAUCUGACAUGAGUGUAGUAUUCUUAUAUAUAAUAUAGAGAUUCCGCUUAAGGGAAUACAUAUGGCUGUGUCUCUGGCACAGAGGCCUCUUGAAAGUCAGGAAAACUGGUUUAUUUUACCUUGAUUGCAGUAUGAUCUGUGAGGUGGUUGACUUACGUAUCUGAUAAUUUGGCUAGAGCAGAUGCUCUGCUAUCUUAUUAGACUGCUUCACUUUUCUGACAACAGACAAUUUUUUUUAAGCUGUGAGAUUUCAUCCUCUGCUUCCAGUAACGGUAUUUCCCGUUAGAGCUGCCUAUAUGCUUCCUAUAAAGCGCCUCUGGUGUAAAAAGGAAUGUGCCCGGCUACAUCCAGAUAGGGCCAGUGUCUGGCUCGUUCCUGAUAGGAAAUCAAGACAAGUGUUUGUGUAUAGCUCAAAAGAACUGUCUCUUGGAGGAGAAUGGAGACUGCAAACAAGCAAUCUCAAAAGGAAAGAACUGGCUACACUCGGAGGAGAAACACAAGAAACACUAAGGACUGAAAUGUGCUUGCAGCUAAAGCUUCCUCAUCAUGAAUAGGUACACGACUAUCAGACAGCUUGGUGAUGGGACCUACGGCUCUGUCCUCCUAGGGAGAAGCAUUGAAUCUGGGGAGCUAAUAGCCAUUAAAAAAAUGAAGAGAAAGUUUUACUCCUGGGAGGAAUGCAUGAACCUUCGAGAAGUUAAGUCUUUGAAGAAAUUGAACCACGCCAAUGUAGUAAAACUGAAAGAAGUAAUCAGGGAAAACGAUCAUCUCUAUUUUGUGUUUGAAUACAUGAAGGAAAACCUUUAUCAGUUAAUGAAAGAAAGAAACAAACUGUUUCCAGAAUCUACAGUUAGGAAUAUUAUGUAUCAGAUCCUGCAAGGACUUGCAUUUAUCCAUAAGCAUGGUUUUUUUCACAGAGACUUGAAACCUGAAAACCUCCUUUGCAUGGGACCAGAACUUGUGAAAAUAGCAGACUUUGGCUUAGCCCGAGAAAUCCGAUCUAGACCUCCUUACACUGAUUAUGUAUCCACAAGAUGGUAUAGGGCUCCUGAAGUCCUUCUGAGAUCCACCAGCUAUAGUUCUCCAAUAGAUAUCUGGGCUGUUGGUUGUAUAAUGGCGGAAGUUUACACGCUGCGGCCUCUUUUCCCAGGCGCCAGUGAAAUUGAUACUAUAUUCAAGAUUUGCCAAGUCUUGGGGACACCAAAGAAGAACGACUGGCCUGAAGGCUACCAGCUUGCGUCUUCCAUGAGUUUUCGCUGGCCUCAGUGUGUGCCUAACAACCUAAAAACCCUCAUACCUAAUGCCAGCAGUGAAGCAGUGCAGCUCAUGAGAGACAUGCUGCAAUGGGACCCCAAAAAGCGGCCGACAGCUAGUCAGGCGCUUCGAUACCCAUACUUCCAGGUUGGACAUUCCCUGGGCAUUCAGGAAUUGGGAAAACAGAAGGAACUCCAUGAUAAACCAGCUCUACAUCAUAUUAAACCUGUCCCUCCAGCACAACCACCUCCGAAACCCCACACGCGCGUUUCAUCAAGGCCGUUUCAGCAAAGCCAGCCUUCUCAGCAUUUGAUAUAUCCGUAUAAGACGGACAGCUCUGGAGCUGAUCGCAGUAACCAUUUACGGGAGGACAAGUCUAACCAGGUGCUGCUGCCUGCCAUUCAUAAUAAGGUCCCUCAGCAGAAAAUAUCUGGUGGGGCCGAAAACAUAAACGGUGAACUUCAGCCAAAAACUAGGCGAAGAUGGGGACAUCUUGCUAGAACACUGAGGAGUUCUGAAGCCUGGGAUGACUUGGAAGAUCUUGAUUUCAGCUCUUCCCUUACGAGAGCUGACUUGAAAAACAAGAAGAGGCAGAGUAAUGAAGCUCUUUGUAGGUUUGAAAGCAUUUUGGACCUGAAGCCUUCGGAUGCUGUGGGUUCUGGCAACAGUGCACCUUCGCAUGCUACUCUUCCACGCCAGGACACUCCCACGUUGCGAGUUUCUGCAGCAAAGCAGCACUACUUGAGACAUUCUAGGUAUCUGCCUGGAAUAAGCACAAGGAAUAGCAUAGUCUCCACUUCAAACAAAGAGUCUGUUCCAUCUAAUCACUGGUCUAGUUCUGGUUUGCCUGGGAAAGCUUCAGGUUUGGGAGGAAGUGUCAACAGGAUGAAUUCGGGGCCCGUAGGAUCAAGCGGCCUAACUAGCGGUUAUAUCCCUUCAUUUCUGAAGAAGGAAGUAGGCUCUGCUGGGCAGAGGGUUCAGUUAGCACCAAUUGUGGAUCCAUCUUCUAACUGUGCUUCUUUGAAGUCAGUAGGACCCUGUCUUGGACGACCAUCAUUUAAUUCACCUUCAAAAAGCACACCAAGGCUAAUGCCUCUUCCACCACCAGCUCAGCCAAUCCACGGGCGUAUUGACUGGUCUUCAAAGUAUGGUGCUCACCGGUGACGUACGGAAAUACUCUCUGAACCAGUGCAUAUUUCCCAUGAAAUGGUGACUAACAUGAGACAACUUGAUAUCAUUUAGUAAACCUGCAAAUUUAAAAGAAACGGAUCCUCUAUGAGUGAGACACUUUGAAGUUUUUUACUCUUAUUUGUAUUAAUAUAAAUGCGGUCUUGUACCUUUUUGUACAAAAUUGUUAUAUAAUUGGGUCCAGUUAUUUUCAUAAAUCUGAUACAUUUUGUAUAUAUGGCUUAGGGGGGUUGGCAUUUUUAUGUGGUAAAUUUUUAUAAUGAACUUUUUAAAAUUUUAACUUUUUCCUUUAUUAGAUUCAACUUUUUUAAU